UUGGGGAAGGCACCUAUAAAUGCGCGCUCAAGCCGCUCUUCGCUCCCUCUCUCUUCGGAGAAGUGAGCUCAACCUGAGGACAGCAGGGCGAGCGAGAGAGAGAGAGAGAAAACAAUGGCCAGGAAGUCCGUUGUGAUUCUCUGCGGAGAUUUCAUGGAGGAUUAUGAGGUGAUGGUGCCGUUUCAAGCGUUACAGGCGUACGGUGUCUCCGUUGAUGCUGUCUGUCCUGGGAAAAAGGCCGGCGAGAAAUGUUCUACGGCCAUUCAUCAACUUUCCCGCCAUCAGACCUACUCUGAAACACGUGGUCAUAAUUUCACUUUGACGGCAACUUUUGAUGAAAUUGAUGCAAGCAAAUACGAUGGCAUCAUAUUACCAGGAGGACGAGCACCAGAGUACCUUGCAAUGAAUGAGUCUGUUUUGAGUUUGGUCGGGAAAUUUUCUGAUGCGGGCAAGCCAAUUGCAUCCAUAUGCCAUGGACAGUUGAUUCUGGCAGCUGCUGGACUGGUGAAAGGGCGGCAAUGCACUGCAUUUCCUCCCGUAAAACCUGCCUUGAUUGCUGCAGGUGCUCAGUGGGUAGAGCCGAAGACAAUGGCAGAGUGUGUUGCUGAUGGUAAUCUCAUAACUGGAGCAACAUAUGAAGGACAUCCCGAGUUCAUACAUCUUCUUGUCAAGGCACUAGGCGGCACAGUGUCCAAUCCAGGGAGAAGAAUUCUGUUCCUUUGUGGGGAUUUCAUGGAAGACUAUGAGGUUAUGGUCCCUUUACAAUCUCUCCAGGCUCUUGGUUGCCAAGUCGACACAGUCUGCCCCAAAAAGAAAGCAGGUGAAUCUUGCCCAACUGCCGUUCAUGAUUUUGAAGGUGACCAGACAUACAGCGAGAAGCCAGGUCAUGAUAUUGUGCUCAAUUAUACAUUUAAAGAUAUAAACUUUGAUUACUAUAAUGGGCUUCUCAUCCCUGGAGGAAGAGCACCCGAAUAUCUUGCACUUGAUGAUAGGGUAAUAAGCUUGGUGAAGAAAUUCAUGAAUGCCGGUAAGCCGGUUGCCUCAAUUUGCCAUGGCCAACAAGUAUUAGCAGCUGCUGAUGUGCUGAAGGGAAGGAGGUGCACUGCUUACCCCGCAGUAAAGCUCAAUGUGGUGCUUGCCGGAGCUGCCUGGUUGGAGCCUGAUCCUAUACACCGAGCCUUCACAGACCGUAAUCUGGUGACUGCAGCCGCUUGGCCCGGACACCCCGAGUUUGUCUCUCAAUUCAUGGAGUUGCUGGGAAUCAAAGUGAGCUUUUGAUGUAUAACUAUGUGUGCACUAAAUGUAGUUUGUACCUAUGAUCUCCUAAAUAAUGGCGGCUUGUUGAUUUCGUCAUGGUACUCGCCUGCCUACAUUCCUGUAGUGACAUGUUUAGAUAUACAAGAAUCUUGAUGUCCCCAAAAUGUCUUGGCCGCAUCCUGAAAGGGGGAGCUCAAUCGAAUGGAGAAAGUCACGAUCAAGACGCUGUCUUGAGUUUUUCUGCUCUU